UUACUCUCAGACAGUCUUUAAAAUUGAUUGACUAUGGCUAAUGAAAAUCCUAUGACAAAAUCUUGGAAGGACAGUAACUGGAACCAACAACUUAAUCCUCACAAUGUCCUUGCUUACUUUUGUCAACGCAGCAAUCUUUUUUAUGAUAAGACAUGUAACAACGAAAUAGCAAAGAUGCAAAGAUUAAAUCCAAAUCAACUUCUUCACAUGAAAGGGAUUGAAUAUACUCUUCUUCACGUUGAUGAAGCAAGUGAUCUCAUGAUAAUCCGAAAACAAGAAAGACAUAGCCCAUCUCAUGUUGUCCCACUCGCUAAUUACUACGUCCUCCAAGGAACUAUUUACCAAGCACCUGAUCUCCAUCAUGUGCUCAAUUCUCGGCUUGCUGGGACACUAUUUCAUCUUCAAGAAGCCUUGGAUAAAACUCUGACAAUGAGUCGGUAUGAUCCUAAUAAAGGGCAUUACUGGUCAUUUGAUCCUCCUGAACCAUCAAAGGAGGAGAAGCUACGAAGUGAACCUUGUUCACAGUUCCAAAAGGAAAGUAUUGAUAAGCUGAUGGACAUUUUAACUAAGAAGUAUCAACAUUUUAUGCUGCGCACUGGGCCAGUUGUCACAGAACAAUCAAACAUCAAACAGGAGACAAAAGAUGAGCCUCAAAGGUGAUCAAGAAUAUAAGUACACAUUGACUGUAAUUAUGAAUAUGAACUUCCUCUCAUAAUGAGCUAAGGUAAAAUGAGGUU